AACUAAGCCGCCUCUGGUUGCGAGUUGGUCGUGAGUGAAUUCCAUCAUUCCGCCCGCCCGCGAUCGAUCGAUCGAUCGAUCCCGUGUCCGUGACAUCCGGCGGACCAUGUCGGAACAAAGCGAUGAUGCGAAGGAAACGCUCGGGGAGUACGAUCGGAACCUGCUGGAACAGCUGGUCGUGAACGAUUGGGGUUUGAGUACGGCCGCAUUCAAGCGGAUGGUUUACUGUGGAAUAGACGAAGUCAGCCUGGUGCUGAUAGAGGACGCCGAAAUCAACGAACUGUUCAGCGAUCCCCGGCUGCUCGGGCAAAAGAUAUUGUUCAAACACCGGCUGCGCCAGUGGCGGCAGGAUCAGCAAAACUUCCUCACCAACAUCGCGCACAUCAACCAUCCCAACGGCAAUGGGACCACGUUCGGGAUCCCACGCCAGCAUCUACUGGCGAUGAAUGGUGCACCGUACAAGCGAAAGUAUCCCUUCGAUCCGGAUCCGGCACUUCAGCUACAUCCGGCAUUGCCACCAUCCGACGACGAUGUUAUCAGCGUGAAAACGGAGCACGAUUUUGUGACGAGCAACGGGAACGGGUUGGUGAAGCGGCGAACGGAGGAAGACUCUCCGUUGGCUCCGUUGGCAACACCGUAUGCGGUCAGUUCCGGUGUAGUCGUUGGGACACCGGUCGCGAAGCGGAAGCAUGAACAACCAUCGCUAAAAGAGCGCACAUCCGGAGCCAUCGGGGACAUUCCGGUGCGCAUCGAUCGGGACAGCUUGCUGCGGUUGCUGCAAUGCUCGCAGUCUGGCCGCUGGAUCGUGAGCAGCUUCAAGCCGAACGAACCGCUUGAGCGAAGGGCACAAACCAUCAUAACGCACCUGAUCGUCGAUCAGUUUUUGCACUUCAACAUUCUGUUUAAGCAUCGCAUGAUGAGCCAUUACGCGGAUGUGAUAAAGGAGUUGUUUCCUGCGGAGAUGAAGGAGGUCUAUUAUGCUCCCCGGAACACGGUUAAGCGCAACACGUCCGGGAAGCUGUUCGAUCGCUACACGAACCAACGGUUGCGCCACAAGGAGCGGCUACCGCGGUUGAAACCGUUCAUCGCGGAUGAAUGGACCGAACACAAAACGUUCGCUGAGCUGGCGAUUCUGAACGAGGCCAUGCAGACUGCCCGUGGGCUGGCGAACGUGGACGAUGCCACCGGUAGCGAGGAUGGAAACGUCAGCAACGAUUUCCUGCAACCGGUUGCGACGAUGUUUGUCGAGGGCGAGGACCACCCGGUGAACAGUGAAGGCGCGGUGGAUUAUUCCACUAGAGAGGACGAUCAGUGAAGCGCCGAGAUUGCGGCGAUUGUCGUGCCAAACUCGAGAUUUGCCACCCCCUAAUGACGAAUCAUCAUACGCAUGCAAUACUCUCGAUCGCCAUAUUACAAAUCAGACUAACUACAAUUUAUUUAAAGUAAUUUGUGAGAGAACUCUUGCG